UAAUCAAUCAAUCAACUCACACGUGUAUCGAUCUCAUCGAAAUCAAAAUUUUUUCAAGCCAAAAUCCGAUAAUAAUUAUUUAAUCAAACAUCAAACAAAUUGAUUUGGAUUCAUUCAUCGGUAAAAAUGACCAUUUGUAGUGGUCAAAUUAUUAUCGGUAGCCGAAUUACAAGCGAUAAUUUAUCAUCAACAUCACCACCAUCAACAUCAACAUCAUCAACAUCAUCAUCGAUAGAGAAUAUUCAACAAUCGCAACAGAAUUCGUUAAUCAAUAAUCAUCAUCAUAAUCAUCAUUAUUAUUCAUCAUUAAUCAACAACAACAACAACGAUAAUCAACAACAACAACAAUUAAAUAAAAUCAACAUAAUGAAUACAAUUAAUACGGAAACAUUAUUACAAGCAGCAGCACAACAACAACAUGAAAAACAUGGUUCCAUUUUUGGUACGGCUACCGGAUUAAGUGGAACAGUUACAGUUGGUUUGACUGGAAAUCAAUUAGCAAAUCAUAUUGGACAAAGUUUACAGGCUGCAGGUAUAACAGCUACAGGUGUAAAUCAUGCAUUUCAAAUGACAACAACAGGAGGUAAUCAUCAUAAUCAUCAUCCAUCACAUCAUUUACAUCAUUCAUCCGCUGCACAUCAUAAUCAUAAUCAUAAUCCGCAUCAAAAUCAUCUUAAUCAUAAUCAUCAAAAUCAUCAACAAAAUACAACAACAACACCAACACCAACAUUACAUUCCAUGACCGUACCAAGUUUUAGUUUUAAUGGUCAUUUAUUAACAGCCGCAGCAACAACAACCGGUAGUUUGAAUGGUCAGCAACAACAACAACAACAAAAUCGUCGUUUAUCAAAUCAAUCAUCGAAUCAUAAUCAUAAUCAUCGUGUAACAAAUAAAUCACAACAACAACAGCCGACAAAACAAUUUCUUUGUCCAAUGUGUAAUAGAUUUUUUACACAAAAAGGAAAUCUUAAAACACAUAUGAUGAUACAUACUGGUGAUAAACCAUAUGUAUGCCAUGUUUGUGGAAAAAGUUUUACACAAAAAGGUAAUGUUGAUACGCACAUACGAAUACAUACUGGUCAUAAAGAAUAUGCUUGUGAACGUUGCGGUAGAAGUUUUACACAACGUGGUAAUCUUAAAACACAUAUGCGUUCAGUACAUACAAAAGAAAAACCAUUUGCUUGUUCGGUUUGUGGUAAAAGUUUUGCACAACGUGGUAAUAUGCGUACACAUAUUCGUACACAUAAUAAAGAUGAUCGUUUUCCAUGUGGUUUAUGUGGUAAAACAUUUUCACAAAAAGGAAAUCUUAAAACACAUAUGCAAAGACAUGCCGGUACAUUACCAAAACGUUAUAACCAGAAUGGACAACAACGUCGUCAAACAACAUCAAGAUUAUUACAGGUACCAGCAGCAACAGCUGCAGCAGCAGCAGCAGCCUUAACAUUAUCAUCAUCAUCAUCAUCAUCAACAACAACAACGGCAGCAGCAGCUGCUGCUGCUGCAUAUGCAAUUGCAGCAGCCGGAAAUGUAACAAAUAUUGAACGAACAAAUCAACAAACAACAACAACAACAACUUCUUCUUCAUCAUCAACAACAACAACAACCACAGCUAAUACAAUUGGUGGUCAAACGAUAAUUAAAUCAACAUCAACGACAAUAAACGGUGGAAAUAGUCGAAAUAAUUCUCAACGACAACAGAACGUUCGAAAUCUACAACAGGUAUCUCGACAGGAUCAACAAUUGCUGAACAACAACAACAGUCCAUCUUUAUAUCCCGUUUCUUUUGUUAGUAAUAAUAAUAUUCUAUAUCAACAACAACAACAAAUGGCAGCCGUAUUAUUAUCCAAAUCAUCAUCAUCAUCAUCGUCAACAACGACAACAACAACAUUGUUAAAUUCGAGCUUUAACAAAGAUUAUCAUCACCAUCAUCAGUUACAUUUUAUGUCUAGUUUGUUUCAUUAAUCCAAUCUGAAACAAUGAAAAACCUGGACAGAGAGAUAAUCGAUUUAAAG